CCGGCUUUGACGUUCUUUCUUUGUACGUCUCAAUUAAGAAACGGCAAUCUACAUCCUACCUUUUCGACUACGAAACCUCACCGCCAACCAGAGCGCCCCGUCCACCCAACACGAACCCCCCCAAGAAAAUGGUCUACACAAUCAUCCAGCACCUCACGGCCAAAGACUCCCCCGACGCGAUUGAUAAGCUGAAGAGCAAGCUCGUCGAGGCUAGCGCUGUGUUUGGCAAAGAUCGCGAGACGCUGGCGUGGAUUCCUAUGCAGGAUGCGGUGGAUCGGAGGCGGUUUACGGUUGUGGAGAGGUAUCGGGAUGAGAGUAGUCAUAGGUAUCAUGUCGAGAACCCCUACUGGAAGACGUUCGACCCCGAGGUGAAUCAGCUGCUGGAGAAGCCGGUCGAGCUGCGCAGAUGCAAUGAGCUGGAUACGAGUGGGAAUGGAGCCGGGGCGCAUUAUCAUGAGGAUGCGAGGGGGGAUACGAGUGUCACGACUAUGUAUGCGGAUUCGGUUUGAGUG